AUGUCUGCAGACGCCACGUCCAUGGCAGCUGCAGGCCGAACCGAUAGUGAUCCCACGGGAAUCUGUACCUCCGCGAGCCGAGCAACCUGUCCCACAGCUCGCGAGUCGAUCACAUCAACCAGAGCGUACUACCGUCAACAGGAAGGCUGCUUCCUUGAUGAAAUUUUUCCAACGAUCAGCCGUGAACCAUCGCUCCCGAUCUCGAGGGCCGCACCUCACAACUGCUGCAAUGGGCGCUAUCACAAAACCUUCAGCAGGAGCAACUCUCGCCGAUGUCGCAACCCAGAACAAGCACCUAACCAGCUAUGCAGUUGUGCCAGCGGACCUAAAUGUUCGACGCAGUCAUCCUUUUCGACAGGCGUAAGUAUUCAUUCGUUCGGGACUGUGUCGGGACCGAAGACAGCACAUUUAAUACCACUGAUACAAUUUGAUUCACACAGUGCUCCGGGUGAAACCAACAUGAUCGCUUUCGUCAGUGGAGCCAUUUUAAGCAUCCUGGUCGUCAUACUCGUCUACCUCAUCUUCAAAUAUACUAGCCAAGGGACGUCGGACAUACCCAAGGUCCCAGUCUUACAUAAGCGAAGCGACGAAUACGAAGACCUCCCAAUCGUAGAAAAGUCCUCAAAAAUAACGAUUACAACGCAGACGACCGGAAACUAUUUGGAGAGUACGCAGGGCACCUUCAAUAUGAGCAGCGACAGUUCGUCCAUGACAUCGUCUGCUUGACAUUGUUCCCGGUGAUAUUUAUAUCGAUCAAUGGAAAGUAUUCCGACGUCUUAUGAAUCCAAUUAAAACAGAUAGAAAUGAA